ACAGAAACACCAUCAACCGGUUCAUGAAUAAGGCUAAUUUACCAUCCAUCAAUGCUUGGCCUACUCAGGUGGGAUGAGACGUGACAUUUAGUUUAAAAUGUACGUUGUCGUGUCACCUAAUUGAUUAAUAAGCAGACAUAGUGCUAAUUGUGGAAUUCGAUUGUCUGACGAGUGCUAUACAGUAGGCUACUGGCUGUGCCGGUACUGUGUCACAGUGUGUGAUUACUAGCUAGAACAAAUUGUUCUAUUGUACACUACAGUACUGGGCUGCUGCUACCGAUUUUUUGGGGGAGUUGGCUAGCUAACAGUAGCUAGCUAAUAACGUUAAUUUGAUCAAGACACGUGGUAGUAUUUAUUAUUGCAAUGGAGUCUUUCAUCAAGUUCACAAAUCAAAGUCAAGGGAGGGACCGUAUUUUCAGGGCAACCCAAUAUGCUUGCGCUUUUACGAAGUACUUACUAAGAAAUAAUUCAGCCCAUCAAGAACUAGCGAUGAAGCUGAAAAGUCUGGAGUCAAACAUGAGUUCUGGCAGAAAAUUGUUUAGACUGGGGAACACCGCAAACUCCGUUGAAGCUGCAGCACGAACCUUGAAACUCUCUGACCCAAUUCUACGCCUGUGCCUUACAGUGGCCAACCUCAACCGCGCCCUUUACUUUAUCUGUGAUAAUGUACUUUGGGCCAGAAAUGUUGGCCUAAUCCAUGAUAUUAACAAGGACCGGUGGAGCUUGCACGCUUCUCGUUACUACUUUUUGUCCCUGGUUAUGAGUCUAACAAGAGAUGUUUACGUAAUCUGUCAGAUAAUGGUGCAGAAGGCAAAAGAUAAGAGCUUUCAACAGAAAAUCAAUCAACACCUCAAUGACAGUCCUGAGGUGGCCCCUGUUAUCAUCCCUCAGAUUGAUACCUUUCUCUAUGUUCUUAUUGAGAGCCUGAAAAGCCAUCCUGCAGUUGCCCUAGACACAAUGAAAAACAUAUGUGAUAUUUUUAUUCCACUGGACAAGUUAAGAAUCUACCAGUCAAAUGCAGGGGUGGUGGGCUUUUGUGGUUUGAUAUCCUCAUUCUUAGGAAUAGUGUCUCUCCUGCAGCCCAACUUAAAAAUGAAGCCAUAGGCAAGCUUUUAGGAAAGAAAGAGAGGUACAGUGACUUGGGUCUAGUGAUUCUAAAAUCACUAGUCUAGUGACAUGUAUAACCCUGGCAAAAUUGAUAUUUAUUGGGAUGCUACUGCAAUGUGCAUUGACUGCUGCUGCCCAUUAGUUUUGUAAGCAAAGCUGAAGGUUUUGGCAAUAUGGAAAAGUAAGGAAACUCAAAGUAGUAUAUUAAUUUAAUACUAGGAUGUUGUUUCUUUUUAUUUAAUAAUGGGACCAACUUCAGUUCACUUAUAUGAGUCAUUUUUCUAAAGGGAACUGCUAGGAGUAUCGUAUGUGUGCAAUAGGCUAGUUGUGAAUCACUGAGGUUAUUGUUAUCCUUGGAAGUUCUUAAACUUGAAAAUAACGGUCUUGAAUGAAAAUUAAUAAUGUUUAACUAAUGUACGCCUUAAAGCCACCACAGCACUGCCCCAGUAAGCCAUCAAAUAUCACUCUUUAAUAAGACUAGGAUUUUAAAAGUUCAAUAGCACUUUCUAGAGGUCUAGCUGUUUAGUAGUCUCUUUGCUAAAGGGAACAGUUUACAUCGACAGUACAACUUUGUUUUUCUUCUUUUUUUUUUACAGUGUGCUGACAGAUUCUUCCUGAUAUGUGCACCCAAUAAGUGAUUUCCAAACUGGCACAAAAAGCUUUGGGAGUACAGUUUGGUCGCCUGGCACUGUGAAUUUAUACCAUAAUCAAGUUUAAUGAAACAGAUCAAUAUUUGUAUACAAAUAGUACAUAUUGCUGCUUUAAUCAUUUUGGUUAUUUCAUUGGAGAACAGACUUAAUAUUUUUCUAAUUGGUAAAAGAUAUGUAAAAUUGUGAGUACUGUAUUUUUCUGUUUUGUAUAUUAAACUAAAUUACAAUUGAUAGGGUGCUGAAAAUCCUGACCUCACUGCCAUGUCAAAACUUUACUCAUCAUGGGACCUUUGUAACGCACACACAGUAAUGUUCAGCAUACACCUCACUUAUGAAGCUGACAUUGGCUGACCAAUUUCUAGUGGUAAUGUGAAAGUUCUCGUAUUUCUAUGGGUUGGCCUAAUGUCUGUAUAACAAGCAUGUUCUCCAAUUAUCAAGUAACAGAUUUUUGUAUGUAUGUUUGCAUAACAUUUUGAAGCUUUUUAAUGAAUAGUGCUUUCAAAUCAAGUGACCUAUAUACCCACUUGGUAGUAUGAAGCAGGGGAGCUCAAUAUGAAUUCUAUGCAACUUAUAUCUUAAGGAUUAAAGAACCUUCAGUAUCCUACCAGUGCAAAAUGUGCUGAAUGAAACUAAAUUCUUUUAAGCCAUCUUUAAAUCAACAUUAAAACAUGUUACAUAAAGAAAUCACAAUGUUAAUAUGUCAUUAUAGUCACUGUGUCAAUAGUAAUUCCGUUCAGAUCAACUGAGUGAUAUUAAGUGACUAUGUGCAAUAGGCUACAUUUGUUUUCUCUGAUUUUCCUUUUAGGAUAGUUUUCUGUAAUUUAUAGAAAUUACAUGGUUCUGUUGAGAAACACAGAAUAUUUGGGGAAUUUUGCAAAACACUUCUGUUUAGUAAAACUGAUGUGACAGUAGUUACUGUUAAAGUAGUAUACUUAUAAAUUAUAGUUCAAUACUGUUCAAAUCUAGGGAGGGAGUCAGGUGGCUGAGUUCUUGGGCAAGGCACUUUACCCUACUUGCCUCGGGAGAAUGUCCCUGUACUUAAGUCGCUCCUGAUAAGAGUGUCUGCUAAAUGAGUAAAUGUAAUGUAAAUGUAAAUCUGUGAGUCAAAUUUAAAAACCUUUACACUAUUACACUGCAGUGUAACCGGUACACUAUUGUUCUAAUUUGAGAUCCAUCAGGCUUUGUAAAAGUCUACACUUGUGAUGUUGUAAAACAUGUUGUAAUGUUAUUUCUUAAAAUGAAUCAUAGGAAAAUAAUUGAUUGAAAAGAGCUUUAUUUUAAAUUGUUACAGAGACUAAUACAUUUUGUUGGCUUUUUCCAAGAGAAAGA